GCAAUUCUGAUGACUGCUCUUCACUAUCCCGAGAUGAUGUUUAUGUGCUUGUCCUGCCGGAUCUCGAGCUACGGUAACCGUGCGACCGCCUGACGACUUAGCCGUGCAUUGAAAUCGCUCGUGUUGAGAUCGUUCGCUUUCUCCAUGUCGGUUUCAGCCGCAGCAGCGAAUCUGAUGACACUAACGCAUCAGCUCGGGGAGCGGUCAUUUCCGACAUGCAGUGAAUCUGGAAAAUGGAUGGUACGGCCCUGCGCAUUCUCCAGCAGCAGCGGCGAUUGCGGGACGGAGAUUGGCCAAUGGGGGAGGGGCAAGAGGCGGAAGCAACGGUGCGCUGUUGUUUGCGGAGGGGGAAGCUCAGGGGGCGGAGGGGGAGGAGGCGACGGCAUUGAUAAAGUCCGCCUUCUGAUUGGUAUGGCGACAAGGGAUGACAAGAAGCGAGGGUUUGGCCCACCGCCUCCUAAAGACAAGGCUGCUGGCUCAGGCCUUGUCAAUCUCACAGGCCGAGAGGACCUGAUGGCUGGACGCCGGGAGUUUGACCUCCCUUUUUCCUCCUCCACGCCUCCCGAAGCCCUGCUGGCUCAGGCUCGGGCCCGAGCCAAGGCCCGCACAACUGCUCAGUCUCGGGCUCGGCAAGCUGAAGGGUCGGGAGAUGGGGAGAAACUUAGCGAUGGGGAGGGGAACAGGCAAGCUGGCAAUGAAGUGAGGGAGGUGGAUUUGGAAGGGAGUGGCAGCAGCAGCGACACAGUGUCUGCCAGUUCUGGGAUCAAUGGAAGUGCAUUUGAGCAUUCUUCACCUACCUCUACUGGUCUUCCAUUGGAUCUCACGCCAGCUGAAGCAGUGAUUUCGGCUGGCAUGCUCGCUCUGACGGUGCUGGCUGUGGGGAAAGGCUCAAGAGGCUUCUUGUCUGAUGAUGUCAUUUGGCUCUUACAGGUUUGGAUGGGUAUCGCUUGGACUACUCACUGCUCUCUUGGUGCAUUCGCUGCAUUCAUAUGCCAACAACCAGGCAACCAGCUCCCUGCAUCAUCUUCCAGCAAGUGGUUUGUCAAGAUCUCACUUGCUGGUUUCCUAGCGUUUUCUGAUUUCUGGAGAAUAUGGAGACAACAUUAAUCUCAGAGUAACGAAUUUUAGUAGAAUGAGGGGUGGUUGUCAAAUUAUAUAUUAUAUAUAUACUUGUUUAGGCUUGGUAGAUGUGCUACAUUACUGGAUCCUACUUUAGAGGGGACAACCCCCCCCUUCUUGUAUUCUUCCUCUUCGUAGUCCACCCUC